GCUUGAGAGGGUACAAAACCUUAUUUCACUCUAGUCGGCUGUCCUGGCAUAUGUGGCCCGAGUUGUUAUACGGCCCAAAUAAACAGUUAUGAGGGAAAGGGAACGGCGUUAACCGGCCAACCUCUUGGGCGGCGACGGCGGCGAAGGAGUCGACUGCCCUCUCAACCAAUAUUCAGUCUCACAAAAACAGCUUACCACACAUAAGAUGCCUAAACGCAGAGAGAUUUUGGAAAGGAGGAAGGCAUUCGAUGAAUUGAUCAAAGCAGCUUCUUCUGUGAAGGAUCAUCUUGCUUCUUUCCCACCAUUUCGCCAUUUCGAUUCGAAUGGGCUGUCGGUAUACUUGGAAUCUGGGAGAGGGGAUAAAAUCUCCUCUUCUCUUAAGCGUUGUCUCCAAAACCUUCUCAAGGAUAAUAUGGAGAGGCAUUAUGGCCCUGAAUGGGCUGCUGAAGAGAAGGUGAAGCGAAGGGAACUGGUUACGCCUGAAGCACGUUAUAUAUUCGUGUACGAGGCUUCCAGUAAUGAAGAGAAGGUGAUUUUAGAUGGGGAACAUUCAUUGGUUGGAUUUGUACAUUACCGAUUUACUCUGGAGGAAGAGAUGCCUGUGCUUUAUGUCUAUGAAAUUCAGCUGGAAUCUCGUGCACAAGGGAAGGGAUUAGGGAAAUUCUUAAUGCAAUUGCUUGAGCUUAUUGCUCGCAAGAACUGCAUGAGUGCCGUAGUCUUAACUGUCCAGAAAGCAAAUGUAGUAGCUAUGAAUUUCUAUACAAGCAAGCUGAGGCUGAAAGGAAAGCGCCUUGUUAGAUACACCCAAUUUUGAUGAGUUUAGCCGCUAAUCAAACCCUUAUAAAACUACCAUUAACAUUUGUACAACAUUCCUGAUGCAGAUUGAAGAAAGGUUGGAACAAAGAACUCUAGAAUUUUUGUAAUUUUGUUAUUUCUAGGUUGAAAACUUGGAAGCUUGGUUUUGAGACGUUAAAGGUUUGUUUGUGGACAUAUAUAGAUAUAGACAUAGAUAUAUUGAGACAUCAAGAGGUUGAUUAAUGAUAUAUAAAUUUACUUUACAAGGGGGCUCCAAAAUGUGUGUGCGAAGAAGUAAUGUGAAGUCUUUUACUCCCAUCAUUCAUAAUGUGGCCUUUAGUCGUCAGCCCAGUUCCAGAAACCUAAUAUUAAAACCUUAAGUUGCUUCUAUAAAUCCUUCAUUUCCCUACUGUUCCUGGGUACUGAUCACUAUCCCAUACUUUUGUGGCAAGAAUGCGUAUGUUGCUUUGCUAGUUUGAUUCCUAGUCGUACCUUACUUGUCCAUCCAAUUUCCUGCCUUUUCUAGCUUCUAAAUGUACCUAAUUGUGAACUGUCAAUGUGCAAGAUGUCCUGCAUCACAGUGGAUAUUUCAGUCUUGUCUAGAUCUGUAAUUUUUAACUUUAGAGCCAGUAAGCUCCUUCAGGUAUUAAAUUUUUCUGUCAAUUUGUCCAGUGAGUGGUCUCUUUCCACAAUUAUUCCAUCCUAAAUUCCUUUAGUUCAACUUUUCUGUUCUAACUUCCUGAGCUGCAUCUAUUUGUCGAUUUGGUGCUUCCUCCCCAAAAGUAUUAUUCCUCUUUAUUUUCUCUCCAUUUCAAAAGUUCAUUUUAAUAUUUGGUUAUUCUUUUUCUUU